CCCCGGCCGCCCCCAACCUGCGCGCAGCCGCCCCGAGCCCAGCGGCCCCGGGAGGGGGGCGUGGCCCAGCCCCUGCAGGACGUGCUCCAGCGACUCCUGGGGGCGCCGGUAGCGCACCCCCGGGCGCCUGAUAAGCUGGAGCCCAGGGACAUCUUCAUCGCAGUGAAGACCACUAAGAAGUAUCAUAAGUCUCGUUUGGAGCUGCUUUUCCGCACUUGGAUCUCCCGGGCCCAGCAGCAGACUUUCAUCUUUACGGAUGGUGAAGACCCAGAGUUACGCCUUCGAGCAGGAGAUCAUGUCAUCAACACCAAUUGUUCCUCCAUGCAUACACGACAAGCACUCUGUUGCAAAAUGUCUGUAGAGUAUGACAAGUUCAUCGAGUCAGGAAGGAAAUGGUUCUGCCAUGUGGAUGAUGACAAUUAUGUGAACUCCAAAGGGCUCCUACAGCUGCUCUCUGGUUUCUCCCCAAGUCAAGAUGUCUAUGUGGGGCGACCUAGCCUGGACCACCCUAUUGAGGCAGCUGACAGAGCCCAGGGAAGUGGAACUGUGUCUACAGUCAAGUUCUGGUUUGCCACAGGAGGAGCUGGGUUCUGUAUCAGCAGAGGUCUUGCCCUCAAAAUGAGUCCUUGGGCCAGCCUGGGCAACUUCAUUAGCACUGCUGAGAAGGUCAGACUCCCUGAUGACUGCACCAUUGGGUAUAUCAUCGAAGGACUGCUGCAGGUGAAACUGCUACAUAGCACCCUCUUCCACUCCCAUCUGGAGAACUUGCAGAGGCUGCCAGCUGAUACCCUGCUCAGACAGAUCACUCUGAGCUACGGGGGCCCGGAGAAUCGGAGGAAUGUGGUGAGUGUGGGUGGUGCCUUCAGCCUGCAGCAGGACCCCACCAGGUUUAAAUCCAUCCAUUGCCUUCUCUACCCUGAUACUACCUGGUGUCCCCUGAAGAAGCCACUGUGACAGCUCACCUAGGAAGUGUCUGAUUUUGGAAACAAUCCUGUCUUCAGGACCUGCCUAAGAGGAGCAGAGAAAAUGGACUUGGGAGCUUCUGACAAGGCAAAACCCCACACUCCCCAUAAGAUACCAGCAGUACUAUGGAACCCAUUGAACUCUCUAUCCUCCAUCUUCACAGGCUUCUUUGGGGUCACAUAACUAAUCUGGAGAAGGCCUGGACUGAAGUGAGAAUUAGCUAGAGAUGUCUCUUCCCCUCUGCAGCCAAAUCCUGGAGCAAGGUUGGCGCUCCCCCAGGACCCUGGAUUGGGCUCUGUGGAGAUAGCCAGGGAAGAAGGAGAUGGGGUCCCUACCCUGGGAAAGAUCACAGCCCUGAUUACUGCCCUGGAAAAGAAAUGCAGAGGUGAUCCCAAAGGGCUGAGGGGCCAUGCCCCAGGGGCCCCCUAUACGACUUGGUAGAAACACAGGACUUCAGCUUACCAAUCCUCUAAAUAGAGCUCUGGGCCUUUUGUCCUGGAGGCCCUGUAAGCAGCCUUGACUGACCAGAGCCUUUUAUCAGUCCUCCUUUGAGGUGGACCUUUGAGCCACUGGCCCUUAAGGGGCCCCUGAAGACUGGAUGAGCUACAUGCCAGGAUUUCUUUUUUUUUUCCCCCUUGAGGGUAGCCUAGGACCACUCAGGAUUGGGCUAACCUCAAAGCAAGUGCAAGUUUAGGAAGAGACUGGUGAUGGAUGACAAGGGAGCAACAGUUCCCCCUCUUAAUAGCUAGCUACCUCUGAGUCCCUCUCUAUUCAAAGGUUAUUGGGGCCAUGGGUGAAUUCCAGAGAAGAUCCUACACUGUCUAGCUGCUUUAGACUUCUUCUCAGCCCCAGGCCAUUCAUCCUUUGGCUACUCUGGGGCACUGAGGGGACGUGAAAGAGCCUUGACCUACCCUGAACCUGAGCCAGGGUUUAAAAAUCAGGCUUUCCCCACAAUCUGCUCCUUGUUUUCCAUUUGUUCCCCUACCCUUGAGUCUUUCAAGAACUGGGUGAAAUGGAGAGAAAAGUUGUCUUCUCUCUGCCCUCACCCUGAUUCAGCCAAUGUUGAGGGUCCAUAGAUGCUCACAGCCAGAGAGCCCAUCAAUCCAACAGUUCGUGGUUUUCA